AUGCAGGAUUAUAACUACCUGAAUGGAAACUGCCUGGAGAUCACCAUAGAACUGAGCUGCUGUAAAUUUCCACCGGCCUCCGAGUUAAAGAAAGAGUGGGACUACAACAGGGAGUCACUCAUUGCCUACCUGGAGCAGGUAGGCUUUUCCAAAACACAGUGUCACACUCAAACUUUCAAACUAUCACACACAUAAUUUCAUUGCACAUAUGAAUAUCUGUAGUAUUUAUAACUACUCUCUGGUUCUUACUACUAUUUAUUUAUUUUAAUUGAAGAGAUUGUUCUGUCUUGACAUCCAUUUGCAGUUGCUUCUUAGUUCUAGGCAGCACUUAGUGAUUUGAGCUUCUUUUGUUCCCAGCUACUGAGGCAAUAGGAACAGUGAUUGAGAUCUCUUCUGACAUUUUCCUGUUCUCUCCCAGGUUCACAUUGGAGUGAGAGGCUAUGUGAAAGAGGCUACCAAUGGGACAGCUCUGCCUGAUGUCAGCAUCGUGGUGGCAGGCAUCAACCAUAACCUGACCACAGCCCAGUUUGGUGACUACUACCGCCUGCUGCUCCCUGGGACAUACAAUGUCUCAGCUAUAGCCACAGGGUGAGUACUGCUGGAGGAAUGAGCUCCUCUCCUGCUGCACAGGGUACAGAAAAUAAAGUAUUUAACAAAAUAAGCAUACUCUACUCCUGGUUUUAGUUCCUGUCUGUUUUUCUUGGAACUGAUUUAUGUAUGGUGUUUUCUUAAAUUAAGUAAAUGUACAUCUUAGAGCUUAAUUUACUCUAAGAUAUUUCCCCUUGUUACUGGUACUUUCCCAUGUUACCUGAAACUUCCUGGUGAAAUACAUUUAAAAGAUAUUACCUGGAUGUAGACGCACUGCUGUGCACAGGGUUUUUACCUAGUUUUUCUGCAUUUUAUUUUAUUUUAACUGCAACAAAAUAAACAUGUUCAAUGUCUCGGUCUUCAUAGGUACAUGUCCAUGACAGUAGUUGGGGUUCAAGUGGUGGAGGGCAAGGCCACCGAGCUCAACUUCACCCUGGCUCCCCUGGGAAAUGAACCCACAGGUGGCAUAACCGUACCCUUUACCACCACUACCACUGUCCCUACCACAACCUCAGACCCUGACUCCUCCACCUCUGAGAUGGGGACCUCUGGGGCCAACGAGAGCUCCACUCCCCAGGAGGCUCAGCCCCCAGCCCAGCCUGAGCACCAGCCCAUCCAGCCACAGGACUUCCGCCACCACCAUUACAAUGACAUGGAGCUGUUCCUGCGCAGGUACUGUUAUGUUUGCUUUAUAGCCUUUGCAAUGAAGCAUUUAAAAUGUUAUGACAGCAAGUAAUGUUAGGAUAUGAGAGCUUUAAUAAAAUGUGAAAAAGCCUUGUUCUUUCAACACAACAGGUACAGCAACAGGUUUCGUUCCAUCGCUCAUCUCCACUCCAUUGGGAAGUCAGCAGAGGACCGUGAGCUCUACGUCAUGGUGAUAUCAGACAACCCCACUGUCCACGAGCCAGGUAUGGAUGUGAUUUGGUGUUACUGGAGCUCCAGAAGAGACUAUUAACUCUGAAGCAAUGCCUUCAAUAUAUGGCUGUUUGGUUUAUGUUGAUCUAACUUCUUACAGUAACUGGAUUGUGUUCCCACACUGAAAUUCAUAGUCUAGAAAAAUAGCAGUUCUGCUGUUUUCCUUCCUUAAAAAGAUCAUGAUAUUAUUGCUUCAGCUCAAUGAUCUAGUAGCUUCAUAUGCUUUUGAAUGUGGGGGUACUCUCUCUUAUCAGCAGGCCCAUUACAGCAUUGUAUUUUUUCAAUAUUGGGUGGCCUUGAAAUGACACUGCAAGGAUAAGGAGGGUUUUCAAAUUAAUGAAGUGCUUUAGUUUAAUUGAGUGUGAAUUUGUUCAGGAGACUGCCGCCCUCAUUCUCUCCCAGCCGACUCUGCCCUACUUCUCUUUUAAUAGCAGUCUAACCCUUAUUUUCUUGCUUUUUCCCGUUAUUUUCUCCCCUCUCCUUCAGGUGAACCAGAGUUCAAGUACAUAGCUAACAUGCAUGGGAACGAGGUGGUGGGACGCGAGCUGCUCCUCAACCUCAUUGAGUACCUGUGCCGUAACUAUGGCAGUGACCCUGAGGUCACCCAGCUAGUCAACACGACCCGGAUACACAUCAUGCCUUCCAUGAACCCAGAUGGUUAUGAGAUCGCCAGGGAGGGUAAGAGAGGAACGUGUGUGUGUGUGGGGUCUAUUUGUGAAAAAUGUUGCCUGUCUACAAGAAAAAUGCAUUGUAGCCCUAAAAGAAGGCUUUUAACAUGUAGCAUAAAGUCAGUGGUUCCCAACAUUUUUAUUAAAUUUUUAAGGAACUCAGUCCGGCUUUCAACUUACUCUUGAAAGUUGUAAUAGUAGAAGCACAAGGUGUAAUUUCGAAAUUGGGUAGUGCAUCAUCAGUUUGUCUCUUGUUAUGUCAGUCAUUGCAUACAUUAGAGAGCUAUUUAAUGAAGCUGCCAGUUGAGGACCUGUGAGGCGUCUGUUUCUCAAACUAGACACUAAUGUAUUUGUCCUCUUGCUCAGUUGUGCACCAGGGCCUCCCACUCCUCUUUCUAUUCUGGUUAGAGCCAGUUUGCGCUGUUCUGUGAAGGGAGUAGUACACAGCGUUGUACGAGAUCUUCAGUUUCUUGGCAAUUUCUCGCAUGGAAUAGCCUUCAUUUCUCAGAACAAGAAUAGACUGACGAGUUUCAGAAGAAAGUUCUUUGUUUCUGGCCAUUUUGAUCCUGUAAUCGAACCCACAAUUGCUCCAGAUACUCAACUAGUCUCAAGAAUGCCAGUUUUAUUGCUUCUUUAAUCAGCAGAACAGUUUUCAGCUGUGCUAACAUAAUUGCAAAAGGGUUUUCUAAUGAUCAAUUAGCCUUUUAAAAUGAUAAACGUGGAGUAGCAAACACAACGUGCCAUUGGAACACAGGACUGAUGGUUGCUGAUAAUGGGCCUCUGUACGCCUAUGUAGAUACUCCAUUAAAAAUCGUUUCCAGCUACAAUAGCCAUUUACAACAUUAACAAUGUCGACACUGUAUUUCUGAUCAAUUUGAUGUUAUUUUAAUGGACAAAAAAAUUGCUUUCCUUUCGAAAACAAGGACAUUUCUAAGUGACCCCAAACUUUUGAACGGUAGUGUAGCUGAUAUGGCUGACUUGCUUAAACAAAUGUGGUUUCUACUGACAAUUGAGAUGUGCAAACUAUGGCAUAAGGGGACGACGAGCAGAUAAGAGGCAAUCUGAAAGACAUUAAGACAUUAAGACAUUAAUGAGCGAGCUAGGACGGACGUAGUCAAUAUAACUAUUUGUUCAGCACUUUUGAAAUAUACAGUGACAGAAUUCAGAACAUGGGCCGUUCUUACAGUAUUCUCCCUGUACACCAAGUCAGAACCGAAGGAUAAAUAAAGGGGGCAUAUAAGCAGACAAUGAAAGCUUUUACAAUAUUCGAUGAUUACAUUUCUCUAAAACAGGCUAUUGGCUACAUGUGCACCACCAAGUCAGAACAGUAGGCUAAGUUAUGAGGGGGAAAGGGACCAAGGCACAUGGGCUACUAACAGCUUACUACACAACAUACACUUAGUAUAACAUUCUUAACUACAGUAUACAUACAGUGCCUUCAGGAAUACGUACUGUGCCUUUUGUUACGUUACAGCCUUAUUCUAAAAUUGAUUGAAUUGUUUUUUCCCCCUCAUCAAUCUACACACAAUACCACAUAAUGGCAAAGCAAAAACAGGUUUUUAGAAAUUUGUGCUAAUUUAUAACAACUAAAAGAACUGAAAUAUCACAUUUUACAUAAGUAUUCAGACCCUUUACUCAGUACUUUGUUGUUUGGCAGCGAUUACAGCAUGGUUUGGUUUUUGCUCUGACAUGCACUGUCAACUGUGGGACCUUAUAUAGACAGGUGUGUGCCUUUCCAAAUCAUGUCCAAUCAAUUGGAUUUACCACAGCGGGACUCCAAUCAAGUUGUAGAAACAUCUCAAGGAUGAUCAAUGGAAACAGGAUGCAUCUGAGCUCAAUUUCGAGUCUCAUAGCAAAGGGGCUGAAUACUUAUGUAAAUAAGGUAUUGCUGUUUUCGCUUUGUCAUUAAGGGGUAUUGUGUGUAGAUUGCUAAGGACAUUGUUUUAUUUAAUCCAUUUUAGAAUAAGGCUUUAACGUAACUAAAUGUGGAAAAAGUCAAGGGGUCUGAAAACCCUGGCAUAUUACAUCAUUUAUGCAGCAGCAUACAAUACAUUUUUGGACUCACCUUGUUGUGCUGUGCUCACUUGAACAGGAAGGUGGCGCGGCGGUCCUUCUUGGGGGCAUAUUUUGUCAUCAAAGUCUGGCAUGCUCUGGAUUUAUGGUGCUUUCAAGACAACUGGGAACUCGGGGGGGAAAAAACAAGAUCGAAUCAUGACGUCAAUGAUCUUCAGGUCAGAGCUCUAGAAAGAGGCCAGAGUUCCCGACUUGGAAUUCCGAGUUGGAUGACCAUUCAAAACAAAUCUUCCCAGUCAGAGCUUGUUUUUUUCCAGGAUUCCCAGUUGUCUUGAACUCACUGAAGUCUGAGAUUUCCGAGUUUCCAGUUUUGAACGCAGCAGAAGUCAUGCUGGAUUGACAGCAUGGCCAAUGUAUUCAACCUUUUCUGGCCCAUGGUGUUGCAUGUGAAUGUUUAUCCUUUUAAGCUUGGAAAAAUGCCCUUAAAUCCCGACUUGGACCAUACACCCUCUCCACUGAGUAGCAGGCUACUGAUUGCUUUGCAACGCUUGCAGUUAGCCACUGUUUCCUUCCAAACCAGGCAUUGUUGAAUUUGUGAUUUCCAACUUGUUGUGUAAUAUUUAUGACCAAUGAGCACCGAUACGUUUUAGCUAUAAUUUCUCUUCAUAUGACAAGGAUUGAAAACUAUUUGCCAGUAGAUUGUCAACUUGAUUCAUGAUGAUCACUGCUUGCUAGCUAAGAUUUUGAAAGUAUGAUGUUGACAUGAUCAGUCCAAUCAAAGCUACGGUAGAUAUAACGUGAUUUGACGUCAUUUUAUCUGUGGCCAAUGACCUUGAGCCUUCUUGGAUGGGCACUUCUAAUGUAACUCAAUGGCAGCACCCAAAGGGCUUGAAUUUCCGAGCUCUCCCUGUAGAUUUUGCGGGGACGUAGUGUCCCCAUGAGUGACAGAACACUGAGCCAAUCACGGCGCAACUAGAGAACAUUACCAACCCCUACGCUCCGUAUUUUAUAUUGGCUGCCCCACCACCACAGAAAGCACUGAGCUAGGCUGAAACACCUGCAUUUUGGAGCUGCCUUACUCAAGAAAGCAAGACAGAAAGAAAGAGACCAUGUUUGUAUGCGGCUCAAUUAUUUUAUUUUUUACAUUGUUUGCAAACUGAUAUGUGACAUGUAUUAAUGCCAAAAUAACAUGCAAAACAGGCAACACCAAUGACGGGUUGCCACUGUACGUAGGUCUAUUUUUAACUCCGCCAGUUGUGCUGCUGUUUUGCCCAGCAAUUUUAUAAACAGGAAGUUGAUCACCAGGGAAAUUUUUAAGGUGGAACUACCCUAGUAUUAAAAGAAGCCCUGGAAAUAUGUGUUUUGGUACCUGGGUACUUUGACAGCAGAAUGAUCCGUUUCAGUCAUCUCUGUAUAAUGGAUUGAGAUAUAGAAAUAAUGUAUUUAGGGUAUAAUGUAUUUGUAUUGUUUUCUGUUCAUUUUCUCUCGCAGGUGAUGCCAGAGGGUACACGGGACGCAACAACAGUAACAACUUUGACCUGAACCGUAACUUCCCUGACCAGUUUACUACCAUCACUGAACCCAGGCAGCCAGAGACCAUCGCUGUGAUGAGCUGGCUCAAGAGGUAUCCCUUCGUGCUCUCAGCCAACCUACAUGGAGGUAAGCCCUAAGCUCUACCAUUUUUCAAUGUUCAUCAAAAAAUUAUAUUUGCCCGCCACCAACGCCACUUUGGAUGACAACCUUAAUAUUACAGUAAUAUACUGCAUUCUCAUUGCGUAUUUCCUCUCUGCCCACUAUAGGGUCAUUGGUGGUCAACUACCCAUAUGAUGAUGACAAGCAGGGACGUACGGAGUACAGCAAGUGUCCUGAUGACAAGGUCUUUAAACAGGUGGCCAGAGCCUACUCUCAGGUCAGUGGACACACAAUUUGGGUCCUUAUAUCAAUCUAUUAAUGUCACUUUUUAAUGAAUAUAUUAAUGCAGUUGUGAAGAUAAUUUUAAUUAUGAUAAUAAAACCAGUGGAUAGUUGAAGAUAAGUUGAUAAGUUUACUGUUUUAAUUCUGCUGUCUGUAUUGCAUUGUCGCCUUUGCCCUUUUGUGUGUGUGUGUGUGUGUGCGCAGGAAAAUGCUCUGAUGCACAAAGGGCACCCUUGUGAGGACCUUUAUCCAUCGGAGUUCUUUGAGGACGGCAUCACCAACGGCGCCAACUGGUACAAUGUUCCCGGUACGUGCCCUCCCAUGCCAAUACACACACUGAGAGGAACAAUUUGUGUGUGUGUGUGUGUAUCUGACUUCUCUUUGUGUUCUCUCGCCAGGUGGGAUGCAGGACUGGAACUACCUGAACACUAACUGUUUUGAGGUGACCAUAGAGUUGGGCUGUGUGAAGUACCCUAAAGCCCAGCACCUGCCUUUGUACUGGGACCAGAACCGCAGAGCCUUACUACAGUACAUCCACCAGGUCAGCAUACUUACAUGCUGUCCUUCACUACGCUGUCAUUUGCUCAUUUAUUCAUCACUCUCUCUUUCUCACUUACUCAACAAACUAAAUUUUUAAAAACCUAUAAUUUCUCUCUUUCCCUUUAUAUAUGUCUUACCUACUUACUUUGUUUCAAAUGCACCAACUUGAAUUUGUGUGUAUGUGUGCGUGCCUCUGCAGGUCCACAGAGGAGUGAAGGGCAUGGUGAUAGACAUUAAAGAUGGUACAGGCAUCCCUAAUGCCACCAUCAUGGUGGAGGAGAUCAAUCAUCCAAUCACAACCAGCCUAGCUGGAGACUACUGGAGACUUCUGGUCCCUGGGACGUACCACCUCAUCGCCUCCGCACGGGGGUGAGAGACAGGACCGUAGAAGUAACUGAGAUAAAUUAGAGGGUUUGUUUAAAAUGUAGACCCAAUACCGGGUCUACAUUUGCAGGGUAUCCCCACCCUAACCCAUAGAAACAGAGCUAGAAUUAACAACCUUCUUUGCCCUAACCCUCCCUCCCCGUCUUCUCAGGUACAACUCAGUAAAGAUCUACGCCACAGUGCCAGAGGAGGGGGUGGAGCUGGUAGACUUCCGGCUGACGCGGGUUCGUUCGGAGCCCAACGGCCAGGCCCCCAAGGACCCCGGGGCCACACAGGACCCUGCAGAGGAGGCGUUCCAGAGCGUCAUUAAGAACCUGUCUCUGGGCCAGGGGCUGGAGCAGCUUGUUCAGAGUACCGCCACAGAGAGCAGCUUCAGAUACAGACGCUACAAGGAGCUGUCAGAGUUCCUGAGAGGUUUGACGCUCAACUUCCCCAAGAUCACCUCCCUGCAUAGGUAGGCCUGAGUUAUGACCCUUGACCUCUAAACCCUAACCUGACAUCUAACCUCUAAACCUCAACUUCCCCAAGAGGACCUCCCUGCACAGGUAGGCCCGAGUUAUGACCUCUGACCUCCUAGCUAAACUCAUCAAAUGUCACCUCCCUGACCUCUAACCCAUAGUGUAACUGCCCUUGUCAUGUAAAAAAAAUAAUGUAUAUGUAUGAUCACAUACACCAGAUGGGUGCAGUGAAAUGUGUUGUUUUACAGGGUCUGCCAUAGUAGUACAGUGCCCAUGGAGCAAAUUAGGGUUAAGUGCCUUGCUCAAGGGCACAUCGACUGAUUUUUCACCUUGUCGACUCGGGUAUUCGAAUCAGCGACCCUUCGGUUACUGGCCCAACGCUCUAACCGCUAGGCUACCUGCCCUCCUGUACCCCUAAUGGCUAACCUCAAAACCUCUCCUCCAAAUGUUUAGAAUUACGGUCUACAUCUCUUUGCAGAAGAGUCUGCUAGGUAACCAUAUUCCAUAUUAUCUACAGUGGAAUUGAUAAUAACAUGCAUUCUCCUAUCUAGUUUGGGCCAGAGUGUGGAGUACAGGACCAUCUGGGCCUUGGAGAUCUCCAACAAACCAGACGAGCCUGAAACGGCCAAGCCCAAGAUCCGCUUGGUGGGAGGCAUCCAUGGCAACGCCCCCGUGGGCACAGAGCUCCUGCUGGAGUUCGCUGCCUUUCUCUGCAUCAACUACGACAAGAACCCCACCAUUACCAGGGUGAGAUGUUUUAACGGACAUGUUUUUACUACACCAAUCAUAACUACAAUGCCUAGUGAAAUUAUUCACACCCUUGCACAGUUGUGUUGCCUUGAAAUUACUAAAUAUUCAUAAAGUUGUUUUUUUAUCUACCACACUUUAAAAGGGAAAGAAAACUUUCUAAUAAGUUUAGAGAUAUUCUAAAAUAAAAAAUCUCCCUUUAAAUAUCACUGAUGACCUGUUGUUCUACCCCUCAUUCCUCUUGGUCCUUCUUCCCCUUCUCCUCUCCACAGUUGAUAAACGAGACGCGGAUCGUCAUCCUUCCCUCCAUCAACCCAGAUGGACGAGAGCUGGCCAGAGAGAAACAGUGCACCUCUACUGUGGGCAUGACCAACGCACACGGGAAAGAUCUGGACACUGACUUCUUCGGUCAGUACCUGCUGUGGUUGGUGUAUAGAUGGAGAUGUUUGUGUUUUGUGUGUGUGUACUUGCAUGCCCUUACAUGUCUGAUGGUAUCGUGUCUGUGUGUGCUGCUGCUGUAGGUAAUGCCUCCCAGCGUGCGGUGGAGGCUCAGCCAGAGACCAGGGCAGUGAUGGACCUGAUCUUAGAGAGGGGCUUCACACUCUCUGUAGCCCUGGAUGGAGGCUCCCUGUUGGCUACUUACCCCUACGACAAGCCUGUACAGCCAGGUAGGAACAUGGGGCUCCAAAUAGAAUACUAGAAAACAAUCAAAUAAAUAGUUAACUAAUAGUGUACUUUUUUUCAGUUGGAAAUGAGGAAACUCUGAAGUACUUGGCCAAUAUGUACGCCAGCAACCAUCCUAAAAUGCACCUGGGGGAUACGGGAUGUCCAAGCAAUGGCCAGAGUAUGUACCAACAACACCACAAAUAGACCACUUUGACCAAUAGACUGUAUUCUGAAUUAAAAUGAAGUGGUGAAUUGGAAAAGAAGAUGGCUUCUAUACAUCAAUUGACUCCUCUGUUUCAUCCUCCUAUUCUCCUCCUCUCUCCCAAGGGGGUAACAUCCCAGAUGGAGUACUCAGGGCAGCAGAGAGACAAAGUCACAUGGGCAGUAUGAAGGUAUGUUUCAUCAACCGCUGCUUCCUAAUGCUAUCUAAUGCUACAUCUCUCACAGGAGAAGGGUUGUUCUGUCACCCCGGGCCCAAAGAGGCAUCUGCUGGUUGAGUCCCGGAACGACAGGACUUCCACUACUAAGUCUGUAUUUAACUUCAACUUUCUGUGUAAGAGCCUGAUCAAUUGUGUCUGAUUUAAAGAACAGUGGCCAUUCUGUACUAAGCUUUACUGGUCAUCAAUAUGCCUAUUCUGAUCUGUCUGUCUGCCUGCCUGUCUGUGUGUUCCAGGACUUCAGUGUGGACUUUGGCCACUGUCCAGAGAUCACGGUGUAUACAGGCUGCUGUCUGUUCCCCCCGGCCGAGCAGCUGGCCACGCUGUGGGCUGAGAACAGGAAGGCACUGCUCAGCAUGCUGGUGGAGGUCAGUAAUACCUUUUGACCUCUGUGUUCAAUAAAUUUACAAACGCGUUGAUAAGAGUUUUUGAGUGUGUUUGAUAGUAAUUAAUUAAUGCAUUUCGGGGCUCCGAUUGGUUACCUAUCAAACACAUUUGUUUGAUACGUUAUUGAAUGCAUACAUGGCAUACAUGUGUAAAUAUUGCCACAGCAGAUUAAGUUAAGAUAAUAUUACUUAAUGUUAUAGACUAGCGAUAGUCUAUCUUCCUGCGAUAGACUAGCGUCCUGUUCAGGGGGUGUACUUGUUCUGUACAUCAAGCUGCCUUACCCUACAGUAACAGGAUAUAGGCUCCUGCCCUAUCGGCCGUUCUGGCUCAGACAAGGCUACUUACUUUUUGUUCUGUGUACUUUACAUUCAAUCUGUGUUUCUGUCUCUCUCUCAGGUCCAUAAAGGUGUGCGUGGCGUGGUGAAGGAUAAGAGUGGGAAGCCCAUCGUGGGGGCCAUGAUAGUGUUGAACGGGGGUGUGAGGGUGUUCACUGCAGAGGGAGGCUACUUCCAUGCUCUGCUGGCACCAGGAAACCACAACAUAGAGGCUGUAGCUGAUGGCUACCAGCAACAACGGCAGGAGGUGGUUGUGUCAUCGUAUGAAGCCGCCAGCUCCAUCAUCAUUGAGUUUGACAUGGACAAUCGCAUUUUUGGUCUGCCCCGGGAGUUUGUUGUGGCUACUGCAGGUAAGCAUGAGGAGAACUGGGUUUUGUGGAGAUGUUACCUUUUGUGUAAUGUUGCCAGAUGAUUGCAGAGAAUUACAUAAAAAUAAAAAUAAAUUAAGUCAUUUAGCAGACGCUCUUAUCCAUAGCAAUUAGGGUUAAGUGUCUUGCUCAAGGGCACAUCGACAGACAAGGUGAAUAAGUAAAAUUCUGUAGGUUUUUAGGACAUAUGUUUGUUUUGUGCCUCUGCCUAAUGCCUCAUGUGUAUAUAUACUUGUCUCUCCUCUCUCCUUCCCUGCAGCGGCCUCCAUGACGGCCCUGGUGGUGACAGCCUGCAUCAUCUGGUGUGUGUGCUCUGCUAAGUCCAACCAGCAGAAGGAUGGUUUCCACCGGCUGCGGCAGCACCGUGACGAUUACGAGGACGAGAUUCGCCUCACCUCCAUGGGCUCCAAGAAGUCCCUGCUCUCCAACGAGUUCCAGGAUGAGAGCGAGAGCGAUGAGGACACACUCUACGCCAACGCCGACAAACUCUGAGAACCCGCAUACAUAUAAACUAUAGACAUACAUACACGGCCAACCUGGGUCGUAUUCAUUAGGCAC